AUGGCUUGGAAAAGCCCGCCCAAGGCCUCAGAUGAGGAACGCCUCCUCCAGCAAACAGACGAAGAAGACAGCAGUUCUUUCGGAGAACCACCAAGACAUAGCGGCUCAUCAAUAUGGCUUUGGCUUUCUCUAACCUUGAACGCGACACUCGUCGGCGCGUUGGCAAUCGCACCCGCCGACGAUGUGAUCUCAUACAAGACUGUUGUCUUCCACAGCGGCAUACACCUUGACAAGACCGAAUACCAAGGGUCAUCAGACGAGGUCAACGUCAAUUGGGAAGCCUUGUACAACAACAUGUCCCUCUCGCUCAUUUCUCCAUCCUCCGCCUCCAAGCUCAUCAACAAAACCACCCAUCUCUCUGGUGACCCUCAAUCCUACGUGAUUCAGCUAGCCGUCUUUCACAACCUCCACUGCCUCAACAUGGUCCGCAAGCUCUUGUAUCCAUCCAAGUACCCCAGCCCCAUCCAUCUCUCUCACUCCCAACCUCACGAGCGCUCUCAGCACGAACACUCCCACUCCCAGACCUCUUAUGAAGAGGAGGUUAUCCACCUAGAGCACUGCAUCGAAGGCAUCAGGCAGUCAUUGCAGUGCUCAGCAGAUACCAGUGCCUUGUUCUGGGAAUGGAGUGAAAGGAGACAGAUGAUGGUGGGCAACACAGGGACAACGCAUACGUGUAGGGAUUGGGAAAAGGUCAGGGAGUGGGGGUUGGGGCAUCAGACUGGGAUGUACUUUGAUCCGUAUGUGAAGGUGGAGGGGGCACCGGUGAGGGAUGAUUCUAUCGAGUUUGAUGAUGCUUGA